GGCGGCCUGGGUGGCUACUGCCCGUGCUGCUGUCGUAGUCGAGGACGGCUGUUAGUUCUGCUGCUGUUGGUUCGCGGCGGCGGCGGCGGCGGCGGAGGAGGAGGAAGAGGGCGAGGCGACGGGGGAAGAAGGAGGCAGACGCGGCGGCGGUGGCGGCGGCGCCCGGGGCAGGCGGCGGCGAGGGGGGGGAAGAUGGCGGACGUGCUCAGCGUCCUGCGACAGUACAACAUCCAGAAGAAGGAGAUUGUGGUGAAGGGAGACGAAGUGAUCUUCGGCGAGUUCUCCUGGCCCAAGAAUGUGAAGACCAACUAUGUAGUUUGGGGGACUGGAAAAGAAGGCCAACCCAGAGAGUACUACACUUUGGAUUCCAUUUUAUUUCUACUUAAUAAUGUGCACCUUUCUCAUCCUGUUUAUGUCCGUCGUGCAGCUACUGAAAAUAUUCCUGUGGUUAGAAGACCUGACCGAAAAGAUCUACUUGGAUAUCUCAAUGGUGAAGCAUCAACAUCAGCAAGUAUAGACAGAAGUGCCCCUCUCGAAAUAGGUCUUCAGCGAUCCACUCAAGUCAAACGAGCUGCAGAUGAAGUUUUAGCAGAAGCAAAGAAACCAAGAAUUGAGGAUGAAGAAUGUGUGCGCCUUGAUAAAGAGAGAUUGGCUGCUCGUUUGGAGGGUCAUAAGGAAGGGAUUGUACAGACUGAACAAAUCAGGUCUUUGUCUGAAGCUAUGUCAGUGGAAAAAAUUGCUGCAAUCAAAGCUAAAAUUAUGGCUAAGAAAAGAUCUACUAUCAAAACUGAUCUAGAUGAUGAUAUAACUGCCCUUAAACAGAGGAGUUUUGUGGAUGCUGAGGUAGAUGUGACCCGAGAUAUUGUCAGCAGAGAGAGAGUGUGGAGAACACGAACGACAAUAUUACAGAGCACAGGAAAGAAUUUUUCCAAGAAUAUUUUUGCAAUUCUUCAGUCUGUAAAAGCCAGAGAGGAAGGGCGUGCACCUGAACAGCGACCAGCUCCAAAUGCAGCACCUGUGGAUCCUACGUUGCGUACUAAACAGCCUAUCCCAGCUGCCUACAACAGAUAUGACCAAGAAAGAUUCAAAGGAAAAGAAGAAACGGAAGGCUUUAAAAUUGACACCAUGGGUACCUACCAUGGUAUGACGCUGAAAUCUGUAACGGAAGGUGCAUCUGCCCGUAAGACUCAGACUCCUGCAGCACAGCCAGUACCAAGACCAGUUUCUCAAGCAAGACCUCCCCCAAAUCAGAAGAAAGGAUCUCGAACACCCAUCAUUAUAAUUCCUGCAGCUACCACCUCUUUAAUAACCAUGCUUAAUGCAAAAGACCUUCUACAAGAUCUGAAAUUUGUUCCAUCAGAUGAAAAGAAAAAACAAGGAUGUCAACGAGAAAAUGAAACACUAAUACAGAGAAGAAAAGAUCAGAUGCAGCCAGGGGGCACUGCAAUUAGUGUCACAGUACCUUAUAGAGUUGUAGACCAGCCCCUUAAACUUAUGCCUCAAGAUUGGGACCGGGUUGUAGCAGUUUUUGUGCAAGGUCCUGCUUGGCAGUUCAAAGGUUGGCCAUGGCUUUUGCCUGAUGGAUCACCAGUUGACAUAUUUGCCAAAAUUAAAGCCUUCCAUCUCAAGUAUGAUGAAGUUCGUCUAGAUCCAAACGUUCAAAAAUGGGAUGUAACAGUAUUAGAACUCAGUUAUCACAAACGUCAUUUGGAUAGACCAGUUUUCUUACGGUUCUGGGAAACAUUGGAUAGGUACAUGGUAAAGCAUAAAUCCCACUUGAGAUUCUGACUUACUUGGUUCCUCCAUCUCUAAAAGCUGGAUUAAGAAGCAUGGAUAUACCUUUAUCUAAAGACUGAGACUCAAGCUUUAUGAAUUUAUCAAGAACUUAUAAAUGAAGAAGGUCACAGAUCAAUCUUUUAUAAGACCUUAUUUGAUGCUUUUGCUUCAAAAGGAUGAUGCCUGUCAUCCAUAUAAGCAAACUUUUUGGCUUAUAACUAUUUUUUUAAUAUUAGCCUUCUAGUCUGUAAUGGAAAUUGUAUAUUUUGAUAGAAGUUUUUUCUCUAUUGGUUAAAUUAGCAUUACUUAAAAUUUGUUUCUUUAGAAAUAAAUACAGGUUAUAAAUGUGUGUAUAUUUAGAGGUUAUAAGGCUGUAUAAGCCAUCUUGCUUCUGAUUUUUCAUUGCUCUAUAAUUCCUUUUACUGAAAAUACUGUGUUAUGAGUGGUAUUAAAUUUUAGACUCUGGAACUUCAAAAACCAAGCAAAGGGAUGUGACUUUUGAAUGAAUCAAAAUUGCAACCUGUAUGUAUGCUACGUCUACACGUAUUCUUUAUUUAAAAAGAAAUAAUGAAAAAUCAACAACAGUUCUUCAGCUUUGGUUGACUGUUCAGCCUUUUCAAGACUUCUUAUAAAUGAAUACAUUUAAUGAAUGUACAUUCUUCUCACUUGAUUUUAAAUCUUAGAAUGAUAUAUUUCUAUCUGCAAUACCUUUCCUCUUGCAAAAUCUCAAAACAGAUUAAAAACAUGAUAGGCUAUAUAGUAGCUUAUUUUGGAAACUAGGGUAUGAUUUGGGGGAAAGAAUAUAUAUCAGCAUCAUUGCAGUAUAACUUUAACUUCCUUGUUUUAUAUGGUAUAGGAUUUUGAGUCUUCUAUGUCAAUUUUGGACUUCUUAUCUUCCAUUAUCCCCAACUAUUGAUAAACUUCCGGGCACCAAAGAUCAUUUGCUUAAGUGUCUGAACAAAAACAAGAUAAAAAAACACUGGUAUUUUUGUGUGUAUUCAAUAUGGUAUAAAAUGUAAAACCUAUAUUUUAACUUAGUAAAAUAUUUUACUAUUUCUCUACUUUAGACAGAGUGUUGCAUUCAAGGUCCUGGAGUCUUGAUUUUUACCUUUUACUUCCUAAAAACUCCUGGGAACUUUAAUUCUCCUAAAUUGUUUUUGCCAUUAGAAUUGUUGCUGACCAUUGUCUUACGUCAUUUUUUUUAUUUUUCACAGUGAUUCUCUCUUAGGUUAACUUUUUUUUUCUUUUUAUAAACAGUUAGCCUUUUCUUAUCAAUCUGAUAUUACCUAGUUAUUUUUUGGAAUUUAAAGCUGUCUAUAAAAUGAGAAGCAAUUAUUAUUUAUGUUUUAAGUAAUCACAAAAGUCCUUACCAAUGAUAAAAAUAAAAGAUAUUUAUUCAGAGGGAAUUCACAAGGCACUCCAAAAGAAAAGCAGUCAGCAUUUUAAAUUAUUAUGUUUUAGUAUAUUUAUGAGGUUUGAACAGAUUCUGCCCUCAUUUUAUUUCCCCCUUCUCUGCAUCUACUCUUUUUAAAGAUAAAAGAAAACUCAAUUUGUUCACAUUAGAAUUUCUCAGCAUAUGAAUCUAUUCUCAAAGUAAAUUAUGUAUUGUGUAAACUUUGUCCAUGAUGAAAUAGACAAGGACUAGAAUCUGUAAUAUUUUUAUGUAAGAUUACUUAUUAAGACUACUACAAAUGGACAUGGACUACCUUUCCAUAAAGAUUUUUGGUAUUUAUACUGA